ACAGUUUAACGGGGCAGUUAAGUUGAGCAAGCAGGGGGUCCAGGAGCUCUACCCCACAGAGGCUGAGAUGUAGAGUGGGACCUCUGUGGUUUUCAGAUAGUCCUCUAUGCCUGACUUGGAAGUGUGCCCAGGGCUCAGGGUUCUUUCCUCCUCAUCCCCUGGCCCUUGGCCCCUGAGGAGCUGGCCUGGGUCCCCCCACCCCCUUGGGGGGUAGCUGUGGAGCAGGGUCAGGAGCUAGGGGCUCUCUAAGAGGGGGAACAGCAUGUCGACCGGGGGCCGGAAAAGUGCUGGGAGACCAUCCUACUACUACCGGCUGUUGAGGCGAUCGCGUCUGCAGAGACAGAGGAGCCGGUCGAGGAGCCGAAACAGGCCAGCCAGCCGGGAGUCGCCCCAAGAAAGGUCGGGGCAGCGGCGCACCAUGCCCAGCAACCUUUCUGAUAGGAGCCCCAGCAUGGAGCCUUCAGCUACUACACCAUUCCGGGUCACGGGCUUCCUCAGCCGCCGGCUCAAAGGCUCCAUCAAACGGACAAAGAGCCAGCCCAGGCUCGAUCGCAACAACAGCUUCCGCCACAUCCUCCCUGGGUUCCGGAGCACGGACAAUGAGAGAUCCCAUCUGAUGCCGAGGCUGAAGGAAUCGAGGUCCCACGAGUCCUUGCUCAGUCCGAGUAGCGCGGUGGAAGCGCUGGAUCUCAGCAUGGAGGAGGAAGUUUUCAUCAAACCUGUUCAUAGCAGCAUCCUGGGCCAGGACUACUGCUUUGAGGUAACAACUUCCUCAGGAAGCAAGUGCUUUUCCUGCAGAUCAGCAGCCGAGCGUGAUAAAUGGAUGGAGAACCUUCGGCGAGCUGUGCAUCCAAACAAGGACAACAGUCGGAGGGUGGAGCACAUGCUGAAGCUCUGGGUCAUCGAAGCAAAGGACCUCCCGGCCAAGAAGAAGUAUUUAUGUGAGCUGUGCCUGGAUGAUGUCCUUUAUGCACGGACUACAUGUAAGCUAAAGACAGAUAAUGUCUUCUGGGGGGAACACUUUGAGUUCAACAACCUGCCCCCGCUCAGGAAUAUCACCGUGCACUUGUAUAAGGAGACUGACAAGAAGAAGAAAAAGGACAAGAACAACUACCUGGGCCUGGUGAACCUGGCCGUGGCCUCAGUUUCUGGGCGGCAGUUUGUGGAGAAAUGGUACCCUGUGGUAACACCCAACCCCAAGGGCAAGAGCCCUGGCCCCAUGAUCCGCAUCAAGUCCCGGUACCAGACUGUCAGCAUCCUCCCUAUGGAGAUGUAUAAGGAAUUUGCUGAGUAUAUCACCAACAACUAUAUGGCUCUGUGCUCCGCGCUGGAACCUGUGCUGAGUGUCAAGAAUAAGGAGGAGAUGGCAUCAGCCCUGGUGCAUAUCCUGCAGAGCACCGGCAAGGCAAAGGACUUCCUUACAGACCUGAUGAUGUCCGAGGUGGACCGCUGUGGGGAGAAUGAGCACCUCAUCUUCCGAGAGAACACAUUAGCCACCAAGGCCAUUGAGGAGUAUCUUAAGCUGGUGGGCCAGAAGUACCUGCAAGAUGCCUUAGGUGAGUUUAUCAAAGCUUUGUAUGAGUCGGAUGAGAAUUGUGAGGUGGACCCCAGCAAAUGCUCAUCCUCAGACCUCCCUGAACACCAGAGUAACCUGAAGAUGUGCUGUGAGCUGGCUUUCUGCAAGAUCAUCAACUCCUACUGUGUCUUCCCACGGGAGCUGAAGGAAGUCUUUGCCUCCUGGAGGCAGGAAUGUAGUAACCGGGGCCGGCCAGACAUCAGUGAGCGCCUCAUCAGUGCCUCCCUCUUCCUGCGUUUCCUCUGCCCUGCUAUCAUGUCCCCUUCCCUCUUCAGUCUGCUCCAGGAAUACCCAGAUGACCGUACAGCACGAACGCUGACCCUUAUCGCCAAGGUCACACAGAACCUGGCCAACUUUGCCAAGUUUGGCAGCAAGGAGGAAUACAUGUCCUUCAUGAAUCAGUUUCUGGAACACGAGUGGACAAACAUGCAGCGGUUCCUGUUGGAGAUCUCUAACCCAGAGACCAUCUCAAACACAGCUGGCUUCGAGGGCUAUAUCGACUUGGGGCGGGAACUCUCCACUUUGCAUUCCCUGCUCUGGGAGGUCAUUUCUCAGUUCGAGCAGAGCACGGUCACCAAGCUCGGGCCUCUGCCUCGGAUCCUGAGGGAUGUCAACACAGCCCUGAACAAUCCAGCCAGCAUGCAGUUGUCAGUGACGGCUGAGCAUGCAGCUUCUACCCCAAGUACAGGGGGCAGCAUCUCAGCAGGGCUUCAGAAGAUGGUGAUCGAGAAUGAUCUGUCUGGUCUGAUAGAUUUCACACGGUUACCAUCUCCAACCCCUGAAAACAAGGACUUGUUUUUUGUCACAAGGUCCUCUGGGGUCCAACCGUCCCCUGCCCGGAGCUCGAGCUACUCGGAGGCCAAUGAGCCUGACGUCCAGAUGUCCAACGGCAGCAAAAGCCUUUCCAUGGUGGACCUGCAGGACAGUCGGAUGUUGGAUGGGGGCACUGGCACCCCAGGGGCCUCGGACCCUCUCAGUGACAGCCAGUCAUCCACAGGGCAGCUCCAGGGCGUGUGGACAGCCCGGACAGCCCAGAACAGCCUGGCAGGCAUGGCUACCGUGCGGCGGGCGGGGCAGACGCCCACCACACCUGGCUCUGAGGGUACGCCGGGCCGGCCCCAGCUGCUUGCGCCGCUUUCUUUCCAGAACCCUGUGUAUCAGAUGGCUGCCGGCCUGCCCCUCUCACCCCGGGGCUUAGGGGACUCUGGCUCCGAGUGCCACAGUUCGCUGAGUUCUCACAGCAACAGCGAGGAGUUGGCGGCCAGCAAACACAGUGGGGGUGGCUUUGGGGGUGCUGCCGCUGAGGACUUGGCCCGGCGCCCCGCGGAGCUGGCGAGGCGGCAGAUGUCGCUGACGGAAAAGGGUGGACAGUCCGCUGUGCCGCGGCAGAACAGCGCCGGCCCCCAGCGGCGAAUAGAUCAGCCACCACCUCCCCCUCCUCCCCCCGUCACUCGGGGCCGGACACCACCUUCCCUCCUGAACACCAUGCAGUACCCCCGGCCGUCAAGUGGGAGCAUGAUGUCCUCCUCCCCUGACUGGCCGGGCAGCGGAGCCCGGCUCAGGCAGCAGUCGUCCUCCUCCAAGGGGGACAGCCCUGAGAUGAAGCAGCGUACCAUGCACAAACAGGCCCCUUCACCUGUGAACCCCAAUGCACUGGACCGCACAGCCGCUUGGCUAUUGAAUAUGAACAUGCAGUUUUUAGAAGAUGAGAGCUUUGACCCAGACCCCAAACACAGGGAUAAGCUAAGGAGUAAGGAGGAACUCAGCCAAGCUGAAAAGGACAUUGUAGUGCUACAGGACAAGCUGCGUAUCUCGGCCAAGAAGCUAGAAGAAUAUGAGAGCAGGUUCAAGUGCCAAGAGGAGACGACCCAGAAGCUGAUGCUGGAGUACCAGGCUCGGCUGGAGGAGGGGGAAGAGAGGUUACGGAGGCAGCAGGAGGAUAAGGAGAUUCAGAUGAAGGGGAUAAUCAGCAGGUUGAUGUCAGUGGAGGAGGAAUUAAAGAAGGACCACGCAGAGAUGCAGGCGGCAGUGGACUCCAAGCAGAAGAUUAUUGAUGCACAGGAAAAACGUAUCGCGUCACUGGACGCCGCUAACGCCCGCCUCAUGAGCGCCCUGACCCAGCUGAAAGAGAGUAUGCAUUAGAAACAAAACCCGCUCGUUUUCUGGAAUUCAGGCCCUUUAAACUGAGCGCACGCGCUACAUGGGAAUUAAGAGCCCUGAAGGAUGUUAAACAUGAUCACCCAACAGGAACAGCAGCAAGGAGCCGGCAGGCCCCCCGUGCACACAGCCCGCUGGCCAGUCCCGACUGUGCUCUUUCUCCUGCUCCCCACCCUGUCCCGGACCCCCGCGAGCCACACGUCCAGGGCCAGGGCUGGCUUUUUGUUCUUGUUUUUACUUUUCUUAUGUGUUGUGGUUCAAAGUCAGGACCUUCUGGUGCUGUCCCUUUCCAUCCCGUGUCAGAGAAGGUCUAGCCAGGACAGCUCUUUGGAGGCAGGGUCGGGAAGAGGUCUCCUUUGGCCCUUGGUCUGGGGCACAAGUAAGCACUCAUAUUUAAUGGGUCCACCAGUGAGGGGGCGGGGAAGGAGCACUGAGUCCUGCUCCUAGCCUGAGCCACAUUGCCAGUGCCAACUCAGUGCCAGCAAGGUCCAUGCUGCAGGCCAGGUCUCUCCUUGUCAUACCCCUGCUGAGGCUGGUCCAAGAAAACAGUCAAAGGGAAGGUGAGAAAACUCAGCUCUUCCCUACCCCCAACUUAAUUUUCCCUAGGACUCCAAUUCCAGUUGGGGCUGGCAUGCUGGGUCCCUGGAAAUCUCUGCUCUUUUCCCCUCCCUUAGCUGUAAAUGCCUAUUGCUCAGUUGAUUUCUCUAUUCCUGGCAUGGUCAGGUCACCACCCCCCUUUCCCAAAUCAAUUCAGGUGGUGGAGUAGGGAGCACAGGGAGCAGUCUCUGAAUACUCUCCCAACUGACUGAAUCAGCUAGCUUUGGAGAAGGGUAUGAAAGCAAGACAAAGCAUCCCUCAGAAAGGCCACUGAAAAUCCACGCAGCAGGAAGGUUAGGAUUAACAGGGUACUCUUGACCAUUAGGGGCAGAAACUACCAUUUCCAAAUUCCUCCAAGACUCUCAAAUGCACCAAGAGACUUCUGCUAAAGUGGUGGCUUGGGGAAGGAGCAGAGAUCCUGGAGGGAAUAUUUCCAUGAAACUGAUUUAAUUCCAUUUCAUUUUGGGUCAGGAUCAGAGAGACUCACCCUGUGAUGGACAGUUGAUGGCUAGAAGAUGAGGGGGCCAGAAAUAAAGCAUUAAGGGGGAAAGAUGUCCUUCCCCAUCCUGGCCCCACCUCCAGACUCCCUGGGAAAUUCUGGGUUGGGAGGAGGCCUUUCAACCUAACAAGAACUUUUGGGUGAACUUUGUGGGGAGAAAUUCAGCCCUUUGUAGAGAAGGGUGUUGCUGAUUUAGUUGGGAGUUGACUAGUAUCUUUCUCCCCCAUCCUUGCCCUUUACUGCCUCUUUACUCCCUUCAUCCUAAGGCACCUCGCUUCUAUUUGAGGGUUCUUCGGCCGCUGAGAUAGGCCCUCCCAACACAUCUGAGAGUCAUGCCAGAUGUGGAAAAUUCAGACACCCUUAGGCAGGUACUUCUGUUUUUAAUUUCCUGCCCACCAUAACAUUUAGUUACCAAAUACAGACUGGUCCUCCAUACCCAUAUUUCUAAGCACUCCAUAUAUUUUGUCCUUUUUGUUUUCAAAGAGAAAAGAUUUCUACGCCCCCACCCUCAGAUUUUCUGUUUCUGAAAUGUGUGUCUCAUAGCAAUACCGGGGACCAAGUCCCCACAGCCAGGGAGAAAGUCAACAAGGGACCGAAGACCACUAUAUAUAACAUUUGUCACCUGCUCGCUCAUUCUCAUGCUCUCUAUGGCGAGAGCCUUAUCUGGUGCAAAAACUGUAAAGUGUACAGACUGUCCACCAAUUUUUAUCUUAAUGCAAGUCUGACAACUUUUUUGUAAAUGUUCUCUUGGUGUUUGAUUGUAAUGUAACUAUUUCACUAUCAGCUGUAUAUAGUGAUUCAUGCCUGGUGCUGCCUUGCAGACAGGAUUGGGCAGCUGCUUGGAGAAUGACUUGGAGUUUUAUUUUUUAUUUUCCCCCAUUAAAAACAAAAACAAAACAGAGUUGAGGAACAGUAGGAGGGUUGGGAUUUUUUGUUAAAGUUUGAGUUGAUUGGAGACAGCUGUGGUGUAGUGGGAAGUGUCAGAUUUAGAAUAAAAAAACUUGGAUUUGAAUCUCAACUCAGCCCCUUAACUGUGUGACUUGGAGAAAGUCACUUUUCUUCUCUAGGCCUCAGUUUCUUCAUCUGUAAAAUGAAGAGGUUGAAAGAAAUGACCUCUGAGGUCCCAGCAUUAAAUUCCUAGGAUUGGUCAUUUGGGGGGUUGGAACAAAAAGAUUUUCCCCAGAUUAUCAGAAUAUUGCUGAUAAUAGGAUCUAGCUUUUUUUUUUUUUAAUUUGGUUCCAGGAGAACUUAACUUGGGGGAGUGGGCUCAAUCUGCUCUGUGAAUGGCCCUGCUUUUGCCUUUUCAGGAUAAGGCACCAUCCAAGUGGCUGGCACAUAGCAUCGACAAUCACAGCCACAGGCCCCAUCCCUGCAGGAGUGUUUGCCCAGGAGUCUUGGUCCUGAGAGUCCUGGGAUUAUCAGAACUGCCUGGCAUGGCCCAGGUGAGUCCUUUUAACCUGAAGAGCUCCCAGUCCUCUUCCCUCCCAGGAAAUCAGAUGUAGAGAAACUGGUAAUAUGCCAGCGUUGGGUAGGGCUGGAGGAAGCCCAAUGGAACUGAACCUCACCCAGGGAAAUCAACGUCUUCUUCCAGACCUGUUGGAUAGGAUGCUGCUGUUCCCCCACGAGUCAUCGAUGUCCUCCAUGAAGGUCCUUAGGGCCAUGACAGAGGUUAGCAACACACCUGACCAAAAAUUAUCCCCAUGGAACCAAAUACCUCCAGCUAGGAGGGGGGCAGGAGAGCCAAAAAUGUCCUCUCCCACCCUCUGUGGUACAGCUGCCCUGGGGGAGCUGUUGGGCCCAACAGCUGCAAACACCUCCCCAGCCCCCACCCCGACCAGUGGUUUUUCCAGAGCUCAGACGAAGAACAGACUGUCCCUGGAGACCCUGCUGUUGAUAAGCCAAAAAUAAAU